UAAAGCCGCUAAAAGCGUCGUCUUCGCUCUUCUGCCAACAACCCUCGAAGAAAAGAAUCAAAUUCCAUUACCUUCGCAGUCGACAGACUCGUACUGUUCCAAAGAGAAAUACACUGUCUCUCUCUCUCCCUCGCCGUACAACAAUGGCUACUGGUCGCUGCACCUUCUCCUCCGACGAUAUCGUCAUAAAGUCUCCGAACGAUAGCCGGUUGUACAGAGUUAUCAAGCUCGAAAAUGGCCUCUCUGCAUUGCUUGUUCACGAUCCCGAGAUUUACCCGGAUGGGCCUCCCGAUAACAACGAAGCAGAAGCAAUGGAUUGUGAAGAAGAAGACUGUGAUGGAGAGGAAGGCGAGGACAGUGAAGAAGAAGAUGACGAAGAGGACGACGAUGACGAAGAUGACGACGACGAUGAAGAUGCCGAAGAAGAUGAUGAAUGUGAGAAUGGGAAAGGAAAUGGAGGAGCUUCUCAAACCAAGAAGGCAGCAGCUGCUAUGUGUGUAGGAAUGGGCAGCUUCUCCGACCCGGUUGAUGCGCAAGGGCUUGCACACUUUCUCGAACAUAUGCUGUUUAUGGGGAGUACGGAAUUUCCUGAUGAGAACGAGUAUGAUAGUUACCUGUCCAAGCAUGGAGGAGCAUCAAAUGCAUACACAGAAACAGAGCACACCUGCUACCAUUUUGAAGUGAAACGGGAGUUCCUUAGGGGUGCUUUGAGAAGGUUUUCUCAGUUUUUUGUUUCACCUUUAGUGAAAAUAGAAGCGAUGGAACGAGAAGUGCAGGCUGUAGAUUCUGAGUUUAACCAGGUUUUACAAAAUGAUGCUUGCCGCCUUCAACAACUUCAGUGCCAUACAUCAACCAGUGGUCAUCCUUUUAACAGAUUUUUUUGGGGGAAUAAGAAGAGCCUUGUCGAUGCCAUGGAGAAGGGAAUUGACUUGCGGAACCACAUAUUGCAGCUGUACAAUGAUUAUUACCAUGGUGGAUUGAUGAAGCUAGUUGUCAUUGGUGGAGAAUCUCUUGAUGUUCUUGAGGACUGGGUUGUGGAGUUAUUUGGUAAUGUUAAAAAAGGUCACCCGGUAAAUUUGGAGUUCAAAGUGGAAGUUCCCUUCUGGAAAUCAGGAAAACUAUAUCGGCUAGAAGCUGUCAAGGAUGUUCAUAUCCUGGACUUAACUUGGACAUUGCCAUGUCUUCGUAAAGAGUAUAUGAAGAAACCCGAAGAUUAUAUAGCUCAUAUCCUUGGGCACGAGGGUCGAGGAAGUUUGCUUUCCUUUCUUAAAGCUAAAGGAUGGGCAACAUCUCUAUCUGCUGGAGUUGGGGAUGAAGGCAUGCACCAUUCGUCAAUAGCUUAUGUUUUUGGGAUGUCAAUACACCUCACUGAUUCUGGCUUGGAGAAGAUAUUCGAGAUCAUUGGCUUUGUUUAUCAGUACCUCAAGUUAUUGCGUCAAGUUUCUCCACAAGAAUGGAUAUUUAAGGAACUCCAGGAUAUUGGAAACAUGGAAUUUAGAUUCGCCGAAGAGCAACCCCAGGAUGAUUAUGCCUCAGAACUUGCAGAGAAUUUACUACUUUAUCCUAUGGAGCAUGUAAUCUAUGGAGACUAUGUUUACGAUACAUGGGAUGAGGACCUGAUAAAAUAUGUUAUUGGUUUCUUCAAACCUGAAAACAUGAGGAUUGAUGUGGUUUCAAAGUCCUUCAAGUCAGAAGGUUGUCAAUUCGAACCCUGGUUUGGAUCACGUUACAUUGAGGAAGAUAUAUCUUCUUCUUUGAUGGACUUAUGGGGGGAUCCUCUAGAAGUUGAUGUUUCAUUACAUCUUCCUUCAAAGAAUGUGUUCAUUCCUUCUAAUUUUUCCAUCCAUGCUGAUAAUGUGUCCAACAAUACUGCAAAUGUGUCUUCUCCGAGAUCUAUACUUGAUGAGCCAUUGAUGAAGUUCUGGUAUAAGCUUGAUGGCUCUUUCAAACUUCCUCGUGCAAAUACAUAUUUUCGCAUCAACUUGAAGGGUGGAUAUGACAACAUAAGGAAUUGUGUUUUGACUGAACUGUUUAUUCACCUUCUCAAGGAUGAGCUAAAUGAAAUUAUAUAUCAGGCCAGUAUUGCCAAGUUGGAAACUUCUGUAUCUGUUCUAAGUGAUAAGUUGGAGUUGAAGGUCUAUGGUUUCAACGAUAAGCUUCCAGUUCUGUUGUCCAAACUUCUUGCAACAGCCAAAAGUUUCUUGCCAGCUGAUGAUCGAUUCAAGGUCAUUAGAGAAGAUAUGAAGAGAACAUUGAAGAAUACCAACAUGAAGCCUCUGAGUCAUUCAUCAUAUUUGAGAUUGCAAGUUUUAUGUCAGAGUUUCUAUGAUGCAGAUGAGAAGCUUCAGUUAUUAGAUCAGUUGUCUGUUACUGAUCUGAAUUCAUUUAUUCCCGAGCUCCGUUCACAGCUAUACAUUGAGGGCCUCUGCCAUGGCAAUUUGUUAGAAGAAGAAGCAAUUGGCAUUGCAAAUACAUUUAAAGAAGUUUUUCUUGCACAAGCACUCCCAUAUGAAUUGAGGCACAAAGAAUAUGUCAUCUGUCUUCCUGCAAGUGCUAACCUUGUUAGAGAUGUUACUGUGAAGAACAAGAUGGAAAAGAACUCAGUGAUAGAGCUUUAUUUUCAAAUUGAGCAGGACACGGGGAUGGAUUCCAUUAGACUGAAAACACUGGUUGAUCUGUUUGAUGAGAUCGUGGAAGAACCACUGUUUAAUCAGCUAAGGACAAAGGAACAGCUUGGUUAUGUUGUUGAAUGUAGCCCUCGGAUAACAUACCGUGUUUUUGGAUUUUGUUUCUGUGUUCAAUCAGCUGAGUAUAGCCCAAUUUAUUUGCAAGAGAGAAUUGAAAACUUUAUAAAUGGUCUGGAAGAAUUGUUGGAAGGGCUCGACAAAGAAUCCUUCGAGAAUUACAAAGGUGGUUUAAUGGCGAAGCUAUUGGAGAAAGAUCCAUCUCUUUCGUAUGAAACCAAUCGUCUGUGGAAUCAGAUUGUCGAUAAAAGAUACAUUUUCGACUUGUCAAAGAAGGAAGCAGAUGAACUUGGAAGCAUCCAGAAAAGUGAUGUUAUCAAUUGGUACAAAACAUAUUUGCAACAGUCAUCUCCCAAGUGUCGAAGGCUUGCGAUUCGGGUGUGGGGUUGCAACACCGACUUGAAAGAGGCCAAGAAGCAACCGAAGCCUGAGCAAGCCAUUGAAGACGCCGCAGCUUUCAAGAUGUCAUCCAAGUUCUAUCCAAGCAUUUGUUGAAAAUGAUGAUCAUCGUCGGCAUGUGAAGCGAAUUACUUCCUCAAGACAUUUUAAAAAAGCUUGAUUUUGACUUUAAGUUGUAACUUGUAAGUUGGUUCAGUGUUACUUUAAAAACCAAGGAGAGAACUAUAUAGAUACAUUUACAUUCAAUAUCACAUUGAUAUGAAACAAAUAUUUUUUUACAA